CAACGAGACGCACAAUGUCCCAGGCCUUCCAUCAGGAACCGCACAAGUUGCUUGUGAUUCCCGGCCCCAUCGAGGUGACCGAUGAAGUGCUGUACGCGAACGCCCGCCCACCUCUGGCACACACCGGAGCAGACUUUAUCCCCAUCUUCGGAGAUUGCCUGCGUAUGAUGAGGGAUGUCCUCUAUACCGAGGCUGGGCAGCCAUUCCUUGUUGCUGGGUCUGGUACGCUUGGCUGGGACAUGGCCGCAAGCAACCUUGUCGAGGCUGGCGAGGACGUGCUCCUGCUCACCACGGGGUACUUUGGGGAUGCGUUUGCCGAGUGCUACGAAGCCUACGGUGCCAAAGUGGACCUCAUCCGCGCUCCUAUCGGCGGCGCUGUACCAGAGUCCGAGAUCAGGGCGGCGCUCAAGGCGAAGAAGUACAAGGUUCUCACCUUCACGCACGUUGAUACCUCCACCGGUGUUCUCUCCGACGCAAAGAUGAUCGGCGAGGUCGUUCGCGAAGUGUCUCCCGACACGCUCAUCGUGCUCGACGGUGUGUGCGCCGUGGCCUCCGAGCAGAUCCUCUUCGACACGUGGGGGAUUGACGUCGUCGUCUCUGCCUCCCAGAAGGGGCUCGGCGCCCCGCCCGGCCUGUCAGUCCUCAUGGCCUCCCAGCGUGCGAUCAACACGAUGCAGAACCGGAAGGUGCCUGUAAGCAGCUACUACGCCAGCUGGAAGAAGUGGCUUCCCAUCAUGCAAGCGUACGAGAAGGGCCUCCCGGCGUACUUUGCCACUCCGCCCGUCAACCUCGUCCAGGCGUUCCAUGCCAGUUUGACAGCGAUCACCAAGGGGGUCCCUAACCUCCAGACACGCUUCACGAUGCACAAAGAGGCGAGCGCAAAGAUCAAGGGGGCGAUGCAAGAGCUCGGGCUUGAGCUGCUUACGCUUGACCCGUACUACUCUGCCAACGGCAUGAGCGCGGUCAAGUACCCUACGGGGAUCAAGAUGGCCGACCUCAUCCCCCGCCUUGUGAAGAAAAACAUUGUCGUCACCGGGGGCCUGCACAAGGACGUCAAGGACACGUAUUUCCGUAUUGGCCAUAUGGGCACCACGGUCGUCAACCCCGAGAGGGGGGAUAUCGAGAAGGUCAUCUCUGGCGUGAAGGAAGCGCUGAGCGAGGCCGGAUACAAGGGGAAGAUGUAGAUCUGAUCUGUGGAAUGCUCUACUUAGAUCCGCAUUGCAGACAGACUUUUUCGGACCAUGUAGAUGAGCGAUUCACACGGGUGCGACUGGCGACCUUCGCGCCUGUUUUGGCUGCGGGGCCGCAAGCUGCAGCGCGGUUUGUACCAUCACGUCGUAUGUCGUAUCUAUUGGAGGGGAGGGAUAAAUGCGAUAAAUUGU